ACCCACGCCUCGGCCACUCCCUCCGCCUCCGCCGUCGCCUCCUCGACCACCAGCAGCAGCAGCAGCAGCGCGACAGGCGGCCGUGUCGAGAUUGUCAACAACCUGAAUCACACCAUCUACGCCUGGUCCGUCUCCAACACGCAGGGCGAGAUGCAGACCCUCGUUCCCGCCGGCGGCACCUUCACCGAGAGCUGGCGCACCAACCCGGACGGCGGUGGUAUCUCCAUCAAGCUGUCCUCGACCACGGAAGUGAGCAAGGUGCUGCAGUUCGAGUACACCGCCGAGAGCGAGACCGUCUGGUGGGACCUGUCAUGUAUCAACAUGGAGAAGAACUCGUGGUUCACCGAAUACGGCUUCUCCGCCGUCCCCAGCGUUGAGUCGUGCCCGUCGGCCAAGUGCGCCGCCGGCGAUAGCGACUGCUCCGAGGCGUACCAGAACCCCGACGAUGUCGAUACCCUCAGCUGUUCGUCGGACAGUGUGAUCAAGCUGGUUCUGGGCUGA